AUGGCAGUUCCCCCUAUUGACCCCUCACAGUUUGUACUCAUCUUGGUCAACACCACUCUCCAUGGCGCAUCCCUGUUACAAGCCUUCAUCUACUGCGUCCAUCACAGGCAUCGCGAUCGCACUCUAGUGCAGCUGAUGGUCCUGUCAACUUUCUUCGUAGGACUCGGCCAUCUUGUAUUGAUCACUCGCGGAGCCUACGUCCUUCUGGUAGCUGAAGUUCCAAACCCCGAUACAAUAUUGAGCGAGUAUGGCGUUGCCGAUCUGUUAACGGGUAUCGCGGUCUUCAUAACCCAAAUGUACUUUGCGUGGAGGGUAUGGCAACUCUGUAACAAGUUCCGCAUCUUCCUCCUGAGUUGUCUCACAUGCGGGGCGCUAUUCCAACUGGCUGGUCGCACAGCUGGGUAUUGUAUUCUCAACGAACAAUGUUUUUCAAUCCACAGCUACCCACCGUUGAUUCGAGCAGCGCGCAUCUACCAAGCAGUUUGGGUCGUAUGCGCCGCCGAAGAUGCCUUGAUCGCUGCCAUCCUACUCGUGUUCAUCUGGCGUAACCGGUUCCAGGAAGCACCCGGCCUUCCGAUGCAGGAAAGGAUCAACCGUCUUCUCUUGCGGUUAACGAUCGUCAUCAUCAACACUGGCCUCUGGACCGUAGCGCUUGCUCUCGCUGUCAUCAUUACGAUUGCGGCUACUUCCCUGGAGAGCCCCCUUUGGACAUCGAUUGGUCUACUUACGUGUCCCUUCUACGUCAACACGCUGUUCGCGAACGUGAACUCGAGGGACUACAUCCGCCGAGGCGUCCGUACCAUACAAGACACCAUUCCUAUAGAGUUCAAUACUCGGCCAGAUCGAACGUCGCGUUUCUCAAGUGAGAACAUCGGUGUCACAGCAACCAACCGCUGCGAUGAUUUUGCCAGCACCAUGCCCUCCUUAUCGGAGUCACUGAAGGCGGCACAUUCCAGUCCUAUUGUGUGA